AUCACUUUAUUUUUAUUGUUUACAAAAUGAAAAAAGUUAUUUGUAGCCAUCAUGCGCUGCCCUCAAGGUGGCGCGCGCGCGUUGCACACUUUCUGUCAAAUCUGAUGCUCAGACAACUUUUUGAAGCGCUUAUACCACACGAUCUGUUUGGAUAUCAUUCAUAAGUGUCAUUUAUAGUUUCAUAUUUUUUUACCUGUGUAAUUUACAAUACUCUUGCUAGCUGAGCCUACAAUAUCUCGUAUUUUAUAUCGAUCUUGACGAGAAAAUAUCUGUCAGUCAGUAGCCUACAAUCUGAAAUGGAGGAUUUUGACCCGUAUCCCCCUUUUGCGAAGAGAUCAAAGGAAGUGAAUCGUUACAGUGAGGAGACUGAAGAUACUCUCAUGAGGAGUGAAAUGCACGUGCCGAGCACUGACGACUCUUACGGACAUGAAUCUGUUCAAGCGUCACAACUGACGUUAAAUAUAGAUGUAGGUGUGCCUGCUGGACUGGUGGGCAGACACGACGCAGCGAGUGAAUGCCUGACCCACGAGAUGCUGCCGCGGCCUUCACAGCUGAUGGGCAGGAGGAGGAGAGACCAGAUAUUCAACAAACAUGCUGCAAACGUUCUGCAACAUAUAGGAGACCUGCAGACAAGACAGCGUCAUAUAAAUGAGUUGAAGGAGGACAGAUGGUGGGGUGCCACAGCCACGGAGACCAGAGUUCCACAGCAAUUCAAGGAGAUCAGGAAUGAACAGCAUCUUGGUCCUACAGCUGAUGUUAGGCUCAAUGCUGUGUUAUUUGACAUAAACGUCAAGGCUUUAACCAGACUCCCGUUAUCCCGUCACAUGAUGAUUAUUCCCGUUCGCGCUUCAGUCUGUAAGGUGAAGGUGUUCGUGUGCGUUCUUCUGUGCACCUGUGUCACUGUGACGUUCAUUCAGUGGACUCAUGUGUGGAUGCUCAGGGCGGAAAUCACUGAAAUCAAACAUCGCUUCAGGCCUCGCGAUACACGGGACUGCGCGUCGGGCUGCGCGUGCUGCGGGGUGAGCGGGUAUGACAGAUUCUCUGAGAGAAAGACACCCAAAGACAACAGAGACAAGAGAGAUGUGACCGAGCUGAAGAAACAGAGACAGAAACGAAACACAGAGCAUCACACGUUUCUCCAUCUUGUUCCAGUGUCAUCUCGGUCUUGCAAUGAGGAUGACAUCACUGUUCUGUCUUGGGCCGUUGGGCAGAGCCGAGGGAACGCACUCCAGGUAUCAGGUGACACGGUAACCGUGGUGACCGAGGGCACUUACUUUAUAUACAGUCAGGUCCUUUAUAAACACAACACUUUGGUGAUGGGUCAUGUGAUCACAAAGAAAUUCAAAGGGGCGGAGUCUAAGCUGAUGAAGUGUCUAAAGAGCACGCCCAGUAAUGUCAGCCAUCCGCCGUCUAACACGUGCUACACCGCUGGCAUUCACUUUCUGGAGUCUGGAUCCACUCUUCAGCUCGCCGUCCCUCGCAGAUCUGCAGAACUCAUCCUUACUGCUCACGCUACCUUCAUGGGCAUUCUGAACAUAUGACACACACACAUUUGAUUGAAUAAAUAUAAUAUUACUUUUCGGGACAUUUGCUACUGCAUUCCAAAUACUUCUACAAAAAUUCUAACAAUUCUCAUAUCAUUUAAAACCUGUGUUUUUAAAAUGAAAGUCAAUAGCUUUUUUGUUUUUUUAUAUUUCAAAAUAUCUUUGUGCUUUGCCGAAAAAAGAAAGUCAUACAAGUUUGCAAUGAUAAGGACAUGAGGGGAAGUACAUGAUGAAAAACAAUAGGGCCAAACUAUCCUUUAAUUCUCAAAGCAUUGCAAAAACCAUCCGAGCACUUUUAAGCGGUGCAUUGGCGACACCUAGUGGUCAAUUGAAACACUGCCGUAUUAGAAAUGGUACUUGCCGUUUGCCGUGGAUAUAAUCUGUAUAAUAUUUGUGUGUUAGCUCAAACUUCUGAAUAGAUAACAAGCAACAAACAUGGAUGAAAACACAUUGAAAAACAAUAUGGACCGUAAAAGUAUUACUAAGUAUAACCAAGAAAUACUCCAAAGUACAUUAGAGUGUGAUUCAUAAUACCAUGACAUAACCAUCUGAUACAAUGAAUGUACUGCAGUAUCAGCACAUCUCGCAUCUCUGUAAGGGUAAUUUCAUGAGAAUCUCCUUUUCAUCUUAAACAGUUUGCAUGAACUAAUACUACGUGUUAACAAUAAUACACAUGUGUGUUUAAACGUUGGACAGCACUUUUAACACAUUUACAAGUAAAUAAUACGCUGUCCAAUGCAAUGCUUUUUAAUAUACUUUAAUUGCUUUUUAUGUUAUUUAUAUAUCGAGAAGGCAUCUACCAUUUCAGCUACUUUUACAAUGUCUUAUAAAUUGAUAGACAUCUACUGUGACUCAAAUCUCUUGUUGUUUUUAUCUAGCAAGAAUACAGGCAAUUGACAAAGCUUGUUUUAAUUAGAUCUAAAAUGCAUUAAUACAAUAGUUAUCUAACAAAUAAAUGUCAAAGCCAACAG